GGGUGGGUCUGGAAGGUGGAGCAGGCUUGACUUACACAAGCUGCCUUCUCCCCACAGGAGUGCGACUGCUUGCCCAGCUGCUCUGAGAAUGGGGAACUCAAGUUGCCUUUAGGAAUGGCUGCAAAGCCCACACCUGGAAAUCCCCCCUCCCUGACCCUCCACGGCAGGUUGCAUUUGGGAGACUCUACGGUCAUUAGAGGAAGGAGCCAGGAGUGAGCCGUUCACCAGCUCCUCGUCAGCACUUGGCAGAGAGCAGCAGGAUGGACGUGGUCGACAGCCUCCUUAUGAAUGGGAGCAACAUUACUCCCCCCUGUGAACUCGGCCUGGAAAAUGAGACUCUUUUCUGCCUGGAUCAACCUCAACCUUCAAAAGAGUGGCAGCCUGCAGUGCAGAUCCUCCUGUACUCCUUCAUAUUCCUCCUCAGCGUGCUGGGGAACACGCUGGUCAUCACGGUGCUGAUUCGGAACAAGAGGAUGCGGACCGUCACCAACAUCUUCCUGCUGUCCCUGGCUGUCAGUGACCUCAUGCUCUGUCUCUUCUGCAUGCCAUUCAACCUCAUCCCCAACCUGCUCAAGGAUUUCAUCUUCGGAAGUGCUGUGUGCAAGACCACCACCUACUUCAUGGGCACGUCCGUGAGUGUUUCCACGUUCAACCUGGUGGCCAUCUCUCUGGAGAGAUACGGCGCCAUCUGCAGACCCUUACAGUCCCGGGUCUGGCAAACCAAGUCCCACGCUUUGAAGGUCAUCGCUGCCACCUGGUGCCUGUCCUUCACCAUCAUGACUCCGUACCCCAUUUACAGCAACUUGGUGCCUUUUACUAAAAAUAACAACCAGACGGCAAACAUGUGCCGCUUCCUGUUGCCAAGUGAUGCUAUGCAGCAAUCUUGGCAAACAUUCCUGCUACUCAUCCUCUUCCUCAUCCCCGGGAUUGUGAUGGUGGUGGCCUAUGGAUUGAUCUCUCUGGAACUCUACCAAGGAAUAAAAUUUGAUGCUAGCCAGAAGAGAUCUGCUAAAGAGAGGAAGCUGAGCAGUGGCGGCAGCAGUCGAUACGAGGACAGUGACGGAUGUUACUUGCAGCAGUCCAGGCACCCGAGGAAGCUGGAGCUGCAGCAGCUGUCCACCAGCAGCCGUGGCAACAGAGUCAACCGCGUCGGGAGCAGCAGUUCCGCCGCCAACCUGAUAGCCAAGAAGCGGGUGAUCCGCAUGCUCAUUGUCAUCGUGGCCCUCUUCUUCCUGUGCUGGAUGCCCAUCUUCAGUGCCAAUGCCUGGCGGGCAUACGACACCGUUUCUGCCGAGAAGCACCUCUCAGGGACCCCCAUCUCCUUCAUCCUUCUGCUCUCCUACACCUCCUCCUGUGUCAACCCCAUCAUCUACUGCUUCAUGAACAGACGAUUUCGCUUGGGCUUCAUGGCCACCUUCCCUUGUUGCCCCAAUCCUGGCCCUCCAGGGGUGAGAGGAGAGGUGGGAGGGGAGGAAGAUGGGAGGACCGUAGGGGCAUCACUGUCCAGGUAUUCCCACAGCCACAUGAGCACCUCGGCUCCACCCCCCUGAGCCCUCACACCUGGCCCACCGCUGCCUGCCGCAAGAAGGAAGGGAGCAGGGAGCAAGGAGGACAUGGAAAAGGAGGGAGAGGAAGCUGGAGUAAAGGAGAAGAGAGACCUGUUUCUCGUGGGGACUCUUCAGUGUCUGGUUUUCAUCCUUCACAGAGUUCCUAAGGGAACUAAAGGUGGGGUUGUGAAAAUGCCAAGACAUUUUCCACGGUGUUCACCAUGGAAGAAACCUUAGCAGGCCAGGAUAGGAGCCCCGAGGGGAUCAUGCUACAGUGUCACUGACAAGCCCUUGUUCAAAAUGGAGGUAUAGACCCCGAUGAGCUUUAGAAUUUUCUGGAACACCCCAGGUGAGGUCUCUCCAUAGUAAUGCACUGCUAUGCUCUGUUUCUUCUGAUCAUGCAGAGUUACACUAUUUUCCUUCCCAGGGAACCCACAGCUACUGCCCAUACAAACUACAACUACACACCUUCUCACGGCCACCUCCUCUGGCCACGUCUGAAUAGUCUGACACUUUUUAAUCUUGAGGUUGGUCAAGGACACUCAGAGCUGGAAGUUUAGAUCAAUCAUCAGAAAAGCAAAAAGAGUGUGCCUAAAAGACAGGUUUUAGAAUUUUUAUUUCUGCAAAGGAAAAAGCAUGCAAGGCCAAUCACCCGAAGGAAUGUUUUCUGUCAACAAUGGCAAGCUGCAGAAAGGGGGGUGAUCCGUGCUGUGUGACUUCUCCUUUGUACCCCAGCCCCACAGCUUUUUAAAACCUCAACUUAAUUUCUUGUGUUCAUCUGGACUUCCUCUUCUCCAGAAAGACCUCUAGGUAGGAAGGGGAGUUGUAUAUACCUGGGCAAGGGCGGAAGCAUGUAUAGUCAGGCCCCAAAGAAAACUGGCAUGCUGGGACUCAGUUAACAGGUAGCUUUGAAUGUCAAAAGUGUGUAUGCUUUUAAAUACCAUCUAUGUAGCUCUUGAUAGUUGGCUCAGUGUGUGUGUGUGUGUGUGUGUGUGUGUGUGUGUGUGUGUGUGUGUGAACUGAACAUAUGGUUACAUUCUCUAUGUGUUAAAAACUUGUCAGUGGAUAUUGGAAUUCAGCAAGUGUUACCAUUCUUCCAUAAAAGCAGGAGUUCUGUGUGAGUUUUGGUUCUUUGCAAAAUUCGUGUUGAAAACACUUGACUCUGAGAACUCUCUGUUUAAAAACAGAGAUAAACUAUACAUUGAGACACCAGGAAGAACAUUCCAAUAGCAUGUAGCAAUCCAGUCUACCAACGCACCCACUCUCUCUCCCUCCCUCACUGCUUCCUUCCUGCCUGUCUCUCCUUUUCUCCCCUUUUUUCUUGAAUAAUACUGUCUUGUCUACUUAAUAGGGUUAGUAUGGACCUUUUCAACAGAAACAAGUUUGUAGGUACAUGCAAAAAGUAUAAUAUGCAAAGAAAAAAAUCAAGGAAAGUUUAUUGCAAUGAGCUGCCAAUUAUCCAAGGAAUGAACAUUGUUCUUCUCCUUUCAUAAGGCCACAACCAGCCACUGAUCUGGGCUCCACACCCUCAACAGUCCCCAAACCUCCCUGUGGAAGAGGGAAAGAGGAGAGCGGCAAGGGAUGAUAAGGUUCCCGGUGUUCUAGAAUUAGACAAGACGUGCAUCUUACAGUGAUAGUUGUGCCCAGUGGAGCGUACUAAGGAGAAACAGCUGAGCACAUAACUGCCCGUCACACUCAGCCUGUCAAACCAGACUACUCCCUCCCCAGACUUCAGUCUUAUGAGUCGCAAUCACCACCCUCUCAGUCAGUGAUUGUAAAGUCAAAAUGCAGAGUUCAAACUGUAAUGAUAAAAGAUGUAAGAGAUAAAAAUGUCUUUGAUACCUGAGUAGGUCUUAUAGUCUACAUACCUUUCCUGCCUAAAUAAAGACUGAUCCAUCCCCUCUGACCCCCUGACAGUAUUAGGAAAUCAACGAAGAAAUAUUAGGAUUCCCCCCCCUCCAUUAUUAGGAACCUCUGGAGUUUCUGAAAGUAUAUUAACCUAAAAGCAAGAUUCUGGGAUUUAGCUAACAAAAAUACAGAUAUGCAGCUAAAAUGUACUUUUGGAUAAGCCAUAGACCAGUAAUUUCCAACCUUCCUAAUGCCCUGACCCUUUAAUAUUAUUCCUUAUAUUGUGGUGACCCCCCCAACCAUAAAAUCAUUUUCAUUACUACUUCAUAACUAUAAUUUUGCUACCAUUAUGAAUCAUAAUGCAAAUAUAUGUUUUCCAGUGGUCUUAAGUGACCUCUGUGAAAGGGUCGGUCAGCUCCAAGGGGUCGCAAACCACACAUUGAGAAACACCCUUAUAGACACUAAUUUUUAGUUUUGAGUGCAUCUCAUACACUGGAGGACAGCCUAUAUUUUAUCUGCCAACCCCACUUUUGAAAUAUUUUAAGGCAGGCAAAAACAUAAACAAAAUUUCCCACCUGUACAGUAAUAAAAUGCCUUUGCUGAUUUAAUUUAUUGGAAAGUCUUUCACCUAUUGGAAGCUGAGAGGUGGGUCUAGGGGGCUAUUAACCUCCAGAAUCUGUGAUGAGCUUGGAAGGGUCUGGUUUUUACUGAUGAAUUUUUUCUCACAUCAUGCUGCUCACACACUUUGUCAAGUCAACUUCCUUCGCCUCGUGUUAAACAAGAUUACUGAUUUGAGCAUGAAUUCAAGUUAAGGAAGCAAAUACAUGGAUUUCCUAGUAUUUUAGUGUCUUCUAGUAGCAUCCCUUCAGCAGCAGCAUGAUACCCUGGAGCAUCGGAACUGAGAGGUGUGUCUCAGCUUCGUGUGCCCCAAGCACCAUGGGAAGGUCUCCUCAUGCACUUGACGUGGUGAAUGAGAGUGCCCGUGUAUCUGGGGUUUGGUUGCACAUGUCCCUGUAUGCUUAACAGGUGUCUCUCUGCUUAAGCAAAAUGUCGUCCUCAUGAGUUAAGCGACGACAGCUCCUGGAUUUCCACUGUAUGCUCUUCCUGUGUUUUGCCUAGUAAGGCACACGUACCGUGAAUGUUUAAUAAAUGUUAUGACUGACUUC